GCCGCCGAUCUACAAAAGCCCCAAAGUCCGGUUGCCCUCUGACCAGUGCGUGAGGCUCACGCGCCGCCUGUUCCAGCCUGCUGUCCGUCCACACGCCGGCGCGUGUACCACCGUUUUUUCGUCCGUCUUCAGUGAGGUUUUCUCAGUGUUGUUGGCUCUUCUUGGUGGUGUGUUUGUUUGAGAUAUAUAGAUAUACUCAUUGCUUGUGUAGACAUCUCUUCGGUAAAUUAGGGUUUGAUUCUUUGCUGUCUGUUGUCUACUUUUUUGAGGUAAUGGCUGAUAAGAAACCAACAAUGUCUGAGAUUGUUCCUAUGGUGUCAAAAGUAUCUGAACACAAGUUGAAUGGAUCCAACUACUAUUCAUGGAGAUCAAAUCCAGGAGGUGUUGUUUGCUAUUAUUGUCAUAAACCUGGCUAUACGAAACGUGAAUGCAGAAGAUUGCUGAAUAAGGGUCAGAGGAUGCCAUUACCCUCUGCACAUGUCGCCUCUACUCCUGAUAAUCUUGACAAGUCAAUUAUGAUUUCUGCAGGGGAGUUUGCUAAAUUUCAGCAGUAUCAAGAGUCAUUGAGGGCAUCAUCUUCUACUCCCAUUACGACCAUCGUAGAGACAGGAUCUUACGACGAAACAGACUAUUGGUAAAGGGCGGGAAGUUGGAGGUCUUUACAUCUUUGAACCACAAACACCUACGGCCAUUAGAUGCUCUAGCAUGUCGUCUCCCUUUGAAGAGCAUUGUCGUUUGGGUCGUUCGUUUAUCUCUGU